AUGGCGGGACUGGACGACAACGUGCGCGCGUGCGUGCUGCUCCACCUUGAACCCCGCGACCUCGCCAACGUGGCGCAAACGAGCCGCGCGAUGGCGAGGGAGGCCGAAGCUGAUGCCGUGUGGGCCACGCUCUUCCUGCGUCGCUUCGGGUCCGACUUCUGGGGCGAACACGUCGGCCCGCACCCCUACCACGAGGUGGAGGCGCCGCGCGCCAAUGCAUGGCUGGACAUGCCGGCCGUCGCCGUGUUCGAGACCUUCGUCCACUCGGUCGCCGCCGCAGAGGCGCGCCCGAGCGGCAGCGACGACGACGACGAUGAGAGCGAGACGGCGACGCGGCGCGCGCUGCUGGCCUUUGUGCGCGGCGAGCGAGGCGCGGACAGCUGCGGGCGACAGGGCGGCGGAUGGAAGCGCGCCUACAAACGGUUCGGAGCCGCCGCCCUUCUUGUCGUGUGCGGUGCACGUGUGGCUGAUGUGAUCGGCGAUCGAUCGAUCAGGAUGGGGGAGAUGGUGCAGACGUGGCAGACCUUCUGCGCGUGGGGCGUGCUGGUGGCGGGCGAGACGUCGUUCGCGCGCCUGUCGGCCAUCAUCGACACCAUCAAGCAGGGCAUCUGCUCCGGCAGGCUGCGGUACAUGGGGUCGUGGAACAUGGAGGACCCGCCGCUGCCGUCAGUGAUCGAGAAUGUCGACGUCACUAGUCCCGCCGGCAAUGCGCGGGUGCUGCGCAUUUGCGUCCCGCCAGCCCACAAGUGGGACAAGUCCAGCUGGACCAACAUCUGCGCCGUGCGUCGGCCCAGGAAUUGGUGGAACCGGUCGGCGCAAGAAACCGGCGAGGAGGCGAAUCCGGCCAACUACGACGACGAGGAGCCGCCAGAGUACACUGUGGCGGUCCACUUUCGUGGGCUGAAGAUCGGUAACUGGCUCAAGUGGAACGGGAAGAGGUACACGCGACUGCACGCGAUCUACGCCAUCGACUGCGAACGCAUGGCCGACCCGGACUACCAGGAACAGGUGUUCCGCGAGCUGCACGGGUUCUUGGGCGAGGGCAAGGGCCAGUUCGAGGACGGCCUGUUCGUCAAUCUGCACCUCAUCAACGCGCCGCCCGGCUUUGGUCCCGCGCGCAUUCUCGAGCGCCUCAAGAUUCCGCUCUUGGAGCGCCCAGGGCACCACUGCCCGUUUUAUGCGGGACCCGUGACGUUUGUCGUCACCUCCUUCACCAUGCCUCCCGGCGCUGCCGUCAUUGACGAGGAGGAGCCUGCUGCAGAGCUGAUCAUGCAGGGCCUGGUGUGGCUCAGCAAGCAGCCGAUGGCCGACCGACCGCAUGCCUUCGUGCGACCGGGCGACAACCUGUGGCUGUGCGCUCUCAGCGACGCCCGCGCCGAGGCGGAGCGCAAUCUAUGA